AUGGAUUUUUGUGCGAAAGAGAAUGAGAAUGGUGAAAUUGUGAGAUACAAGGCACGUUUAGUUGCACAAGGUUUCUCACAAAUACCCUGGAUUGAUUAUGAAGAGACAUACUCUCCUGUGGUGGAUGCAACUACUUUCAGGUUCCUCAUUACUCUUGCUAUAAGAGAAGGACUUGAUUUUCGGCUGAUGGAUGUAGUCACAGCCUACUUAUAUGGUCCAUUGGAUAAUGAGAUCUAUAUGAAAGUUCCAGAAGGAUUUGAACUGCCUGAAGCAGAGAAAUCAAAUUCUAGAGAAGAUUUCUCCAUAAAGUUAAAACGUUCUCUUUAUGGAUUGAAACAAUCAGGACGUAUGUGGAAAUUCGGUAAAGGAUUUGUCAUCAUUGCGGUGUACGUUGAUGAUUUGAAUAUUAUUGGAACUCCUGAAGAGAUUUCAUAUACAGUAGAAUACUUGAAGAAAGAAUUUGAGAUGAAAGAUCUCGGAAAGACGAAAUUCUGCUUGGGUUUGCAGAUUGAGCAUCUUGUGGAUGGAAUUCUACUGCACCAGAUGGCGUACACAGAGAAAAUUCUCAAAAGGUUUUUCAUGGAUCAGUCUCAUCCUUUGAGUAGUCCAAUGAUUGUGAGUCAACACAUUCGAGAAGAUUGUGGUGUACAGACAGGAAAAGGAGCUCCAACAGUUAUGUAUGAAGAUAAUGCUGCUUGCAUCGCACAACUUAAGGAUGGGUACAUUAAAGGAGACAGAACGAAGCACAUCCUACCGAAGUUUUUCUUCACCCAUGAGUUACAGAAGAAUGGCGAUGUAAGUGUACACCAAAUUCGUUCAAGCGAGAAUUUGGCGGACUUGUUUACUAAGGCGCUUCCAACAUCUACUUUCAAGAAGCUAACUCAUAUGAUUGGACUGCGUCGUCUCAAGGAUCUCAGCGGAUGUCCACAUGAGGGGAAGUAA